AUGUCGCACUUUUUCCACAAGCCCGAGAACGCGCUCAAGCGCGCGCGGGAGCUGCUGGCGAUCCCCAAUGUGGACGCGGGCGUGCUCAAGCGGACGAAGCACUCGGCGCUCGAGAUCCUGCACGACGCGCUCAUCGCCAAGAAGAACCGCACAUGGCAGCCCACGCACGAGGAGCUCAUGAUCUUGUACCUGGACAUUUGCGUGGAGCUCCAGAUGGGUCGCGUCGCGAAGGAUGGACUGCACCAGUACCGCAACUUGUCGAUCCAGCACAAUCCAGCGUCGCUCGAGACGAUCAUUAAACACUUUGUCCGCCAGGCUGAGCGUAAGCUUGCAGCGGCAAAGAAAGAGAGCAAUGAGCUGAAUCUCUUGGCGGCUGCGAAGGUGGACUUGGAUGCUGCGCAGACGCCAGAGGACGUGAUGCUGUCCACGACAACGUUCGAGGGCUCGAACGACCGCACGGACCGUGAGGUCGUCGUGCCGUGGCUGCGGUUCAUGUGGGAAACCUAUCGCACGGUGCUGGACAUCCUCAAGAGCAACUCGAAGCUCGAGCUGCUGUACAAGGUGACAGCCAUGCAGACGUUUGACUUUUGUGUCGAGUACCAGCGCAAGAUUGAGUUUCGUCGCGUGUGUGAGAUCAUGCGCAACCACAUGAGCGCGCUGCAAAAGCACGUGGCGACGCCCACGAGCCAAUCGACGCGUCAGAUGCGCAGCUGGGACGGAUUCACGCUCGAGAGUGUGGAGCUGCUGCUUGAAGUGCGCUACCGUCAGCUGCAGGUCGCCACGGACCUUGAGCUGUUCUCGGAAGCUUUCCGCACGAUCGAUGACAUUAACAACAUUAUGAAUCUGGUAGAGCAAACUCCGCGCGUCGAUCUGCUGGUCACAUACUACGAGAAACUGGCGCAAAUCUUCCAGGUGUCCAAGAACCAUUUGUUCCACGCCUACGCACUGUACAAGUGGUACUCGCUGCGGGUGGCUGGUCUUCCCGGACUUGGUGGUGCCCACGCGCUGCGAAAGCUCCCAGUGCUUGUCUCGGAGGAGGAGCAGAAAGAGAUGGCUACACGUGUGGUGCUCGCAGCUUUGUCGAUCCCGCUGCUGGACUUUGAGUCGACGUCAUCUGUUUUAGGCAACGACGAGCCCUCCUCGGUGACGCAGGUCGCUGACAAUUCGCUCUCUGCGGCUGCUCGUGACAAGAACUCGCGUAUGGCUUCCCUCCUGGGCUUUGCUACGACCCCAACACGUGCCAAUUUGCUCGAAGACAUUGAAGCCGCUGGUUUGCUACCGAAAGCUUCUAAUGCGGCCAGCAAGAUCUUUUUACGCGUCGAGCUGGAGGAGGUGGAUCCUCUGCAGAUCGUGAAGCAACUGGAUCCGUAUUUGACGACCAUCCGCGCGGACCCACUUGCAAAGGCGUAUGUCAAUGGAGUGGAGCGUCUCGUGGUUCGGCGCGUGCUGUUUCAGCUUACCCAAGUGUACGCUAGCGUGACAAUAGCCCACCUCCGAUCCAUUUUUGCGGGUCUUGACGUGUCAUACGAGGAGAUCGAGACGUUGAUCGCGCGAUCGCGUAGUCUGAGCACUGUUGCCUCCGCCAGUGCUCCCAGUCUCUCUAGCAUGUAUAGGCGAAACGUCACCCAACACGGCAGCAACAACGCCGAGACCUCCUCGGCUGACGUCAUCUCGUCUACGCAAACUCGCACUAAGAUUCGCAUUGAUCACGUGGAGCAGUGCAUUCGCUUCACCGAUGCGUUGGAUCUAGAGGCGAAUGCUGCUCAGCUUACUAUUCUGGGCGAACGUCUUUCACGUGUCAUGAGUAAGGUGCCUGUUGGCGCCUCGCUCACCAAGGCCGCUUGUAGUGCAGAGAAGCAGAAGCUUUUUGCAGCCACUCGUGCCAGCUUGCACGAUCAGCACAAGGAGAUGCUAGCCCGUCGUGAGAUUGUUGAGCGAAAGAAAGACGAGCUAGAGAAGCUUCAACACGAGAAGCUCCAGUCUCUGGAAAAGAAGCGCAAGGAGUUUGCGAAGCGCCGCACGGAGCUCGAGAGGGAGCGCUUGAGUCAGGAAAUUCGCCGUCGUGAAGCCGAGAAGAAGCAAAAGAUUCAGGACGAGAUCAAGCUGAAGGAAACUCGUACGAUGCUUGAUAAGCUUGGCCAUACAGACCUAAGCGAUCUCGACCUGGCCACGAUCGACACAGAAAAGGUAGUGAACGAAGCGAAGGAAAAGGCUCGCAAGGCCAAAGAGCUCGCGCAGCAAAAGCUGCGUGAAAACGCUCGUCGUCUCGACUACAUUGUGCGUGCUACACGCGAAGAAGAGCAGCCCAUUUUGCAGGUACAGGUCGCAGAGGCCAAGGCUGAGGCCCUGAAGCACUAUGAACAGGAGACGGCCGCCAAGUUAAAGCGUGCCCAGGAAGACCAUGAACAUGGUCUGAAAGAGAAGGCUCGCCUGGCCGUGGCUAUUCGUGUGAGUGCUAAGUUUGUCGAGGCCCACAGAGCUCGGCGUGUCGAACAGUACAAGAAGGCGUCAGAGGAACAGAAGAAAAAGGCUAUGCUAGACCGUCUCAGCAGUCGCGUGGCCCACGCGAAGGAGCGCUACGAGGACGAGCAGCGUCGUUUGCGGGAGGAAGAAGAGGAGAAGGAUCGCCUUCAUCGCGAGGAGGUGGCCGAACGUGAACGCCAGCGCCAGCUAGAGGUUGAGGAAGAGCUUCGCCGCCAGGAAGAGGAAGAAGCCGAGAAGCGUCGUAUUACUGAAGAGGAGGAGCGCAAGCACAAGGAGCAGCUUGAGAGUGAGGAGGAGAAGAAGUGUGUUGAGCAGCGCAGCCAGGGUCGUUUCGGCAGCGCCGGAGCUCGUGGUUUAUCUGGUGGGUUCAACGACUCGUACCGUAGCCGUGAUGACGAUCGCCGUGGCAAUGACAGGGACGAUGGCGAGUGGACCCAGGUCACUCGUGGCGGCUCGUCCAGUCGUACUCAAAUCGCAGCACCCGAAGGCCGGUGGGAACGCCGCGGACCUUCGGCUAGCGAAAGCGUUGGUGAGCGUGAUGGGCGUGAAGGUGGCAGUCUCCGUCGCCCGUUUGGUGGCGACCGCACUGAGAACGAAGGUGGUUUGCGCCGGGCCUUCGGUGGCGAUCGCGAGGGAGGUGGUUCACGUUGGGGAGAUCGUCGUGGUGGCGACCGUGAUAGCGAAAGCUCUUUCAAUCGUGGCGCUGGCGACCGCACUGAGAACGAAGGUGGUUUGCGCCGGGCCUUCGGUGGCGAUCGCGAGGGAGGUGGUUCACGUUGGGGAGAUCGUCGUGGCGGCGACCGUGAUGGUGAAAGCUCUUUCAAUCGUGGCGCUGGCGACCGCACUGAGAACGAAGGUGGUUUGCGCCGGGCCUUCGGUGGCGAUCGCGAGGGAGGUGGUUCACGUUGGGGAGAUCGUCGUAGCGGCGACCGUGAUGGCGAAAGCUCUUUCAAUCGUGGCGCUGGCGACCGCACUGAGAACGAAGGUGGUUUGCGCCGGGCCUUCGGUGGAGAUCGCGAGGGAGGUGGUUCACGUUGGGGAGAUCGUCGUGGCGGCGACCGUGAUGGUGAAGGCUCUUUCCGUCGUGGCGGGGAGCGUGAUGGAGAAGGCAGUGGCAGUCGUGAAGUUGAAGGCGAUGGGGAUAGCUCUGUCCGUCGCGACGGUGACAAUCGCUUUAGUGGUCGCUUCCAGCGUGACGGCCCGUACAAUACGCAACGUGGUGGCGACCGUGAGAGCUCGUCUCGCGAAUCUGCCCGUGCUCCUGAGUCCGGUCGCUGGAGGUAG